GCAGUCCGCAGGCUGCCCCUUCGCAGCACAGGCUCUACGGUGAGGAAGAAACCCGACUGGAUCUGACACACCGCAGAGUCCCACCCCUCUACCCCACCCCUCACCCCGGGCGACGGAGAGGAGCAUCCCGCCUCUUGGGACUUCCUACUCUGCACAGAGAAGUCCUGAUUUGGUUGAAGGCAGAAUCUUCAGACCUGGAGGAGGUGGUGAUCAUGGAGACCGAUUUGUCACAAAUGCCCGAGAAAAAAGCUAUUUCUUCCCAGAAUUCCUCCCAAGAGAAGAACACAGAAGACAGAGAAAUGGAAGCUCUGCAUCUCACAGCCAGAUCCCAGGAAACAAUGACAUUCAAGGAUGUGGCCAUGGAUUUUACACCAGAGGAAUGGGGGAACCUGGAUCCUGCACAAAGGGAUGUGAUGCUGGAGAACUAUAGGAACCUAGUCUCCCUUUGGCUUCCAGUUUCCAAACCUGAGAACUAUAAUUUGGACAAUGGAAAGGAACCGUUGAAGUUUGAGAGAAAACCUCCAAAACAUAGCUACUCAGACAUGGAGACUAUACCUGAGAGCAAAGAUUCAACCUCCAUGGAAGAUUCUUCCAAAGAAUCAUGUCAUGAUGUAAUAAAGGACAGACUAACAAGAAAUAGUCUUUAUGACUCCACCUUGGAAACUGCUCUUGAAUGUGAAAAUUGCUUAGAGAAUCAGCAAGGAAAUCAGGAGAGACACUUGAGAAAAGUGUUCAACUACAUGAAUUCACUUGUUGAAGAAAGAAAUCAUGACCAUGAUAUAUAUUGGAAAAACUUCAGUCAUAAGUCUGUGUUUAUCACUCAAGACAGAGUUUCUAAAGGAUCCUAUCCAUUUCAUACACUGGGUAAAAGACUGAAGCAAAAGUCAAGUUUAAUGAAAAAGCAAAGAACCUAUAAAGAGAAAAAACCUCAUAAGUGUAAUGAUUGUGGUGAACUCUUCACUUAUCACUCAGUGCUUAUUCGACACCAGAGAGUCCAUACUGGAGAGAAACCCUAUACCUGCAGUGAAUGUGGGAAAUCUUUUAGCCACAGAGCUAAUUUAACUAAACACCAAAGAACUCAUAAUAGAGUUCUAUUUGAGUGUAGCGAAUGCAAGAAAACCUUUACAGAAAGCUCAACCCUUGCAAUACAUCAGAGAAUUCACAUUGGAGAGAGACCUUAUGAAUGCAGUGAAUGUGGGAAAGGUUUUAAUCGAAGUACACAUCUUGUGCAGCAUCAGUUGAUUCAUACUGGAGUGAAGCCUUAUGAGUGUAAUGAAUGUGAUAAAGCUUUCAUUCAUUCAUCAGCACUUAUUAAACAUCAAAGAACUCAUACUGGAGAGAAACCUUACAAAUGUCUAGAAUGUGGGAAAGCCUUUAGCCAUUGCUCAUCCCUUACCAAGCACCAGAGAGUUCAUACUGGAGAAAAGCCAUAUGAGUGUAGUGAGUGUGGAAAAUCUUUUAGUCAGAGUACACACCUUGUUCAGCAUCAGAGAAUACAUACUGGAGAAAAGCCCUAUAAGUGUAGUGAAUGUGGGAAAACUUUUAGCCGGAGCUCAAAUUUUGCUAAACAUCAAAGAAUUCAUAUUGGAAAAAAACCCUACAAAUGCAGUGAAUGUGAAAAAGCCUUCAUUCAUUCAUCAGCUCUUAUUCAGCACCAGAGAACUCAUACUGGAGAGAAGCCUUUUAAAUGUAAUGAUUGUGGGAAAUGUUUUAAGUGCAGUUCAUCCCUCAUCAGACAUCAAAGAAUUCACACUGAAGAACAGUCCUGAAAAUUUACUGAAUGUGAAGAAAUGGGCCCAGUCAAGAGAACUGAAGCAACCAGUUCAUACUUCCUGCCAGGUGUGAAAAACGAUCAUGAGACGAUCUUCAAGUGACUAACUUGAAGAUAAAAAGCUUCCCCUCAAGAAGAAGUUGCCAUUUCUCUGGACUUCAUGUUUUACCCACAUUUUUUUUUUUUUGGAGGUUUUAGUUCUCCAUAUGUUGGUUUGUCUUUAUGUCCAAGCCCUUAAGAAAGUGAAUAAGGCAUGCAAUCAAAAUAAUAUAUUAGUCUAAGUUACAUGGGUGACCAAAGACUAGUAGUCAAAUUGGAAACAAAAAACAGGACUUCAAAUAAAUAUUUAGUAAAACACUAUCAGUUUUUGUUAUUUUAUUUCACAUUACGUUAUAUGAAGACUAGAAAAAUUACAACACAUUUGUUCUCUCCUGAAUCCUACACUUCUGUCCAUACUUUUCUCUCCUCCCUAUUUUCUGUUACUUAUAGUUCCUUUUCAGUUAUUAGGUCUUAAGCUUUAUGAUCAAAGAAAAUUUGGAUAGCAUCUAAAGGCAUGGUGAUAGUGGAGAGCAUUGUCAUGAGCAGUGAGUGGAGUAUAUAUCCAGCAAUGGUGGAAAUCACACAAAAUGAGAAUAAAUUAACUUUUCACACAAACUGUCCUAGAAUGAAAAGAGAAAAUUGUUGGAGGGGGUUCAAGAUCAGUGGAAAGGCUUAGGGUCAGAGGUCAAGUUAGAAGAAUAGUUGACCAUAAAAUUCAGGGAAAGGAGCUCAACUUUUAUCACCUUAGUUUUUUGGUUUUUUGUUUGGUUGGUUUGGUUUUUGUUUUUG